CAUCAUCCAGCAGCAGUUUGUUUAUCCGAUGGUGGUGAGAGUUUACCAGAGUGCGGUCGUCUCGAGGUGCCCAAAGAAUUACGCCUAAUUUCACCUUCCCCGUCGACCUGAGAGGACUCAGUCCAUCCCACACGCGAGGCAAUGAGCAUCUUCGGCAAGAUUUUCGGCGGGGGCAAGAACGAAAAGGCCCCUACGGCGGGGGAAGCCAUCCAAAAACUGCGCGACACCGAAGAGAUGUUGAUCAAGAAGCAAGACUUCCUCGAGAAGAAGAUUGACCAGGAGGUCUCCAUCGCCAGGCAAAAUGGCACCAAAAAUAAGAGGGUGGCUCUCCAGGCACUCAAGCGCAAGAAGCGCUAUGAGAAACAGCUGCAACAGAUUGAUGGAACCCUCAGUACGAUUGAAAUGCAGCGAGAGGCCCUUGAGUCAGCGAACACGAACACAAAUGUAUUGCAAACUAUGGGAGAAGCAGCUAAGGCCCUCAAAGCAGCACAUCAACACAUGGAUGUUGAUAAAGUUCAUGACAUGAUGGAUGACAUUGCUGAACAGCAAGAUCUGGCAAAAGAAAUCUCUGAGGCUAUUUCCAAUCCGGUUGCGUUUGGUGAUGAUGUGGAUGAGGAUGAUCUUUUGGCUGAGCUAGAGGAGCUCGAACAGGAGGCUCUAGACGAGAAGCUCCUGGAGACGGGUGGUGCCGUGACAGACGAACUCCCAGAUGUACCUACAGCCGUGCCAAGUCAGCCUGCCAAGCAGAAGAAACAGGAGGAGGAUGAUGAUAUGGCCGAGCUUGCUGCUUGGGCAUCUUAAAACUGGUUUAUUUCCUGUGGAAUUUGAACCUCUACUGUCCAGAAGAACCAUAAUGUUAAAUAAAGAGCAUUAUCCUACGUCAUCAACUUGAUAGUGGAACCAUGGUUAAACACAUCUGCAUAGAAGCCAGCCUUUUUUUACUCAU